AUGGUUAUCGACUUGAAUGUUUCUGAUGAUGGCUUUGAAGAAGAAGAAAAUGAGAAUAAUUUUGAUGGUAAUGAAUGUAGCUUGUCUGAAGAUGUUAGUGUUUCAGAUUUGGAGAGCGAGUCAGAUAAGUCACUAAGAAUUGAAAAUGAGGAUAAAUUGCAGGUUGGUGCUGUUUAUGAUAGUUUGGAUGUGAUUUAUAUUUUGUACACCCAAUAUGGUAUUUUAUCUGGAUUCAGUGUUAGGAAGGGGUCCAAUAAAAAAUUUGACAAUUCAGAUAUUCUUCGGUUAAAAGUUUAUCUUUGUUCUUGUGAAGGGUAUCCAGAUAAUAAGCGUUCGGUUGGACGAAUAGCUUCUUACAAGAAGCAAGUUAGUCGAACGAAUUGUAAGGCAAGGUUGCGAGUUGUUAGAGAGGAAGAUGGUCCAUGGAGAGUGUCUGUGUUUUUUAAACAACAUAAUCACGAAUUAGUGUCGCCAGACCAAAGUUAUACCUUGAGAUCUGCCCGUCAUAUGUCAUUUGCUAAAAAAUCUGUAUUAGAUGCUUUUAGGGCUGCAGGAAUUCAGAUUAGUAGGGCCUACAGAUUCAUGGAAAAAGAAGCAGGUGGACGAGCGAAUGUAGGAUUCAUGAAAAAGGAUGCAUAUGCACACGUAAAUUUGAUGAAAAAGGAAACCAAACUUGAAAAUGGAGAUGCGAAUGCAUUGAUGAAGUAUUUAAUUGGCAAGGGCAACACAGAGACUCAUUUUUAUUGGAAUGUACAGCUUGAUGAUGAUGGCCGGUUGAUAAACUUUUUCUUUAGGGAUACUCGUUCAGCUGUUGAUUAUGAGAUAUUUGGGGAUGUUCUAUCCAUUGAUACGACUUAUCGAACAAAUAAGUACAAUCUAGUGUGUGCACCUUUCGUUGGUAUAAACCACCACAAAAACAAUGUGCUUUUUGCCCUUGCCUUCUUGUCUGAUGAAACCACCAAAUCAUUUGAGUGGUUGUUUAAUUGCUUCUUAGAGUCUAUGAACUGGAAAGAACCGGGGAUUAUAUUUUCAGAUCAAUGUCAGGCUCUUAUGAACGGGAUAGAUUUUAGUUUUCAGACUUCUUGUCACCGUUUGUGCCAAUGGCACAUAAACCAAAAUGCUCCAUCACAUUUUGGUUCUUUAAAUGGCAAUGCGGCAUUCAAGAAGACAUGGUACUAUUGUAUGAAUGGUUGCGAGACAGAGGGUGAAUUUGAUUCUACUUGGCAGACAAUGAUAACCGAUUAUGAGCUAAGUGAGAACCGUUGGUUUGGGAACAUGUACAAUUUGAGAAAAAGAUGGGCUUCUGUGUAUACCAACGACAAGUUUACAGCCGGCCUACAUGCUACCUCUAGGAGUGAGGUGACGAACAAGGUGUUGAAAGAUUUAUGUUCUGCCACCACAUCUCUUCAUGACUUUGUGAUGAAAUACGAAAGACUACAGCACGAAUGGCGUUUGCGAGAGACUGAGGAGGACACUUUGUGUCGUGGCGUCCCUGGACAAUUUAUUCAAAACAACAAUUUGUUAAAACAUGCCGCAAGGGUUUAUACUCGAAAUGUGUACAAAACCUUUGAAUGUGAGGUAGCUCAUUCUUUAAAUGUGAAGAUUAUUCAUCAUCCAUAUGACUUCACCGCCGAUGAAUUAGUGUAUGGAGUCUCUUCAUGUUCAGCAAGUAAUGGGAUCCGUACAGUUCGUUUCACACGGGCAACACGUCAUGCUACCUGCUCAUGUCGAAUGUGGGAGGCCGAAGGCAUUUUGUGUCGCCACAUAGUCAAUAUUUUGUUGUUGUUGAAUAUUGACAGCUUGCCCGAACAUUUCAUACUAAAGAGGUGGAGGAAGGACGCGAAGAAUAAGAUUCUACCUAACCAACGAAAUAUGACUGAAGAAGGAGGUCAAGAUAGCAUUGCAAAUAUGGUUUUUGUUAACCAUAAUAUGAAAACUCUUUAUGAUUUGAUGUUGGAGUGCAAGGGCGACAAGAUUUGUCGGGAUGUCAUCAACAAAUUUGUGGGUAAUUGUGUCAAAAAAAUUGAACUAUUGAAAUCCGCGAGACCCGGAGUUAGUGGACGUCAUGGCAGUGAAGGGAAUAGUUCGGGGCAGGGAGUCUUUUGGGACAAGUUUACCAACAUAUUGCGAGCUUCCGACGAGACCUGGCGAAGUAUUCAGGAGGUACACUCAGCAGCGAUGGUUUAUAGGAACCGAGGAGAGCCGCAUUACGCUGCACUUGCAAAAUUGUUCCAUGAUAAAGUGUUUGAGUAUCUCGAUUAUGAAGACGAGUCUCCUUGCUCCGAUGAUUCAGACUAA